AUGGACCCAUACGAAUCAAACCAAAAGUUAUAUAGAAGAAAAGCAUGGAAACUUUCAGAGAAUACCGUCAUAGUCACGACAUAUAUAUUUCUUUUGCUCGUGACAGGCAGCUGCCAGAAUAUUCAAAAUGAAAAAUUAAGUCAUAUGGAUAGCUCUAUUAAAUUAGAUGAUAGAGUAGAUUCGACUAGUUGCCAUAGCUGUCAAAGUAGUAGUAGUAAUAAAAUUAAUAAUGUAAAUAAUGAAGAGAAAGUUCCAAAGGAAAAUAACUUUUUCGCCAAUAUAUUAGAUGCAAUUAGCACCUUCUCUGAAAAAUAUGUAUUUGUAAACAGCACAGAGAGACAGUUACAGAACGUAUUAGAAAAAUUUGUAGAUGACGCUCUCAAUCAAGAUAAUUAUGAAAUAUUCGAAGGUGUUGAAAUUAAAGCGAUAGAUAAGAAUAAAAUAAAACCAAAAGAAAGCCUUGAACAUAAAGAAGUAGGGAGAGCAUUAUUCAGCACAUACACUUACGAAUAUAGACUAUUUCAGAAAAUAAAACAUUUUGUUGAUACCCACAUACUAUCCAUAAAUCUUCCAAAAGCUGCACGACUUGUAGGAUUUAGAUCAUUCGGACUAAAAAAGUUGUUCUUACCACUCCUCAUCGGUGCUCAAAUUUUCAAGAGUAUUCUGCUAGCCAUGUUUUUGCCGAGCAUAUUAGGAAGUUUCGGCAAAAUCUUAGGCAAAGGUAUAUCCCAAAUAUCAGCUGCAUCCAGUCAAGCAAGCUAUCCACCAGCCAAUGGCGAUGAUCAAACCGCCUAUAACAAUGAUAAUAAAGACUUUAUGGGAUACGAAACAAAUCCAGCAGCGACAUACGCCUACUCCCAAGACGAAUUGUAUGGAAAUGCGAACGAUGUGAACGAUCUUUCUAACAUCGAUAUGUCUCGGUUUGGUGUCGGCGGCCAAAAAGCCUCUUACCUGCCCAGCAAAAAUAGCUAUUAUAAGAAUCAAAUGGCUACGAACAAUAAUUAUAAGAUAUUUCAGAAAAUACCUGCAUCAUCUAUGAUCCUGAGCAAUUACGAUCCGUUUUAUUCUCCGUUGCUUUCACGGCUCGAUGGCAUCUUCGCUAGACUUGGUUUAGUUCCAUCCGAUCCACCAACCGAGGAAAGUACAAUGAUAGGCGGUCAGAGCCUCAGCGAUGUGAAAUUAGAGGCCUGUCGGGAACAAUUAAUCUGCCUCAUGUAUGCAAGCCCGGCGAAAUAUGCCCCGUACAGUAAUUUAGUGUCGGCGCAGUUAAGCAGGGAGCUAAACGAGCUUAGACGCCCAGUGUCGGAUAAUCCAGAAAUAUUACGUUUCUUCCGAUACAUGAGAGCAGCGAGAAGAGGCCAAGAGGGAGAUGACUGUAUCCAGACUCACUCUGCCUGUGCUGUAUCCACACCUUCACAUACAAUGAUAGCUGCAUACCACGAUAUAAACAAACUUGUUACGGCUAGAAAACUUCAAAAU